AUGUUGUUUGAGAAAUUCAAGAUUUAUAACAAUCCAGCCAAAUUAUUAGAAAAAUUUUGUUAAGUUAGUAAAAUCUAUGAAACAUUAGAAAAAGAAGAAGUUAAUAAGGUCUAAAAAGUUUAAAAAACUGAACCCUCAUAAGAGAGAUACCUAGGAAGAUGA